AUGACAGAUACCGCGGUCAUGGUAGAAGUCAAGGAGACGACAGACUCGACUUUUGUCGGGGCUCCGCCCGCCGCCAAGCUCUCCACUGAAGUGGUGUCUGUCAGUGAACUGCCUCAGCCCUCGGUGGAUUGUUUUCCAGCUGUCCCUGGCCCUUCUCGUUCUCCCGUCUUCUCUAUCUCCCCGCAUUCUUCUUCAGGGUCAAAUGGUGUCACUGCGGCUGCGGAACACGGUGUGGCGCCACCGCCCUUGACCGGUACAAACAAGAGGAGCUUAACAGCCAUGGAAGAAAACACUAGGCGGCCUUUGGACUCUUCUGCACGCCGAGCGCUAUUGGCCAUGGUGCCGCCGCAAGUGGCGCGGCCAGGCAGGUCGAACGUCGUGACUGAAAGUAUUCUUUGAGUCCUUAGUGUGACACGUCGACGCACGCAGUUCUUCGGGCUGUUGUUUGUGUACAAGUCCCCCUCUUUGAUGUGUGCUCUUUCAAGGAGAAUUUUUUGGCUUCGCUUACUUGUCCUUGUUGACUUGAACAGAAAAGAACACAAGGGAGAGUAAAAAUGUGAUUCCUUUUGAAAAGGUACAAGAAUUCUCUACCGCCACAGGUUGAAGGGUCAUGACUUGCGCCAGUGUCUUCGUGUCAAAUUUGUUUUCCUCUGAUCGCGCCUCUUCCCGUCUUGCAUGUAUCUUCAUAUGGGCCCCGUUGUUUUUUCUGUAUCUGCGUCGACUUUUUUCGCGUCUCUAGUCCCCGCAAGUCUUCCGCUUAUUUACUUGUUGAGUUUCUUUUCCUUCUUCCUCUGAUUUCCUUCAUCAACAGGCCUUAUACUCGAUACUUCAUGUGUUUCUCACGUA